AUGUCCCCGCCGGGCGCGGAGGCCGCACCGGGCGCGGUCUCGGUGCCGGGGCCCGGUUCGGCCUCGCCGCGCCCGCUGUUGAGCGGCUGCUGGAGCUGCCGCUUGCUGAGCGGCGCGGGGCUGCUGAUGGCCGCCAUCUGGAUCUACCAAGGGCCGCGAAGCACCAUGAGAAAGGGCGUCCCCCCCUCCAUGGGCGUCCUCGCCCAGAUCAUCUUCGCCGCCGGUGUGGGGGCCUGGGGCAUCAUCAUCCUCGCCGACCCCAUGGGAAAGCAGCGCCGGAGGGAGCCCUAAGGGGGGGCCGCGCCCCAAUAAAGCUGCUCGGAGCCCCCCA